ACAGACAGAGGGACCAGAGGGACGGACGCCUGUCGGAUCAACGAUGGUCCCGUCCGGGGAGCCAUGCUCUGAGCUGGGGGUCUGGAACCAGACGGAGCCGGCGCCCGGCGCCCACCGCCUGCUGAGCGCAUGCCUGCUGAGAGCGCUGGGGGUCUGGGCGCCGCCCCUGUACCUCUGGGUCCUCGGCCCCGCCCACCUCCUCCUCCUCCUCCGCCAGCGCCAGCCCAGCUACCUGCGCAUGUCACCCCUCUUCAAGGCCAAAAUGGUGCUGGGGUUCACCCUCAUCCUCUUGUGGGCAUUCAAUGUGGCUGUACCACUGUGGAAAACCCAGUGGGGAAGACCCCAGGCCCGGGAAUCCCUCAUCCACCCAACGGUGUGGCUGGCCACCAUGACCUUUGCUGUGUUCCUGAUUCACGUGGAGAGGAGGAAGGGAGUCCGGGCGUCUGGGGUGCUGUUUGGGUACUGGUUACUGUGUUGUCUCCUACCCAUCAUUGAUGCUGCCCAGCAUGCUUCAAGAGGGGACUUCCAGAGCGACCCCCUCCCCCACCUGGCCACCUACCUGUGCUUGUUGCUGGUGGGGGCAGAGUUCGCGCUGGCCUGCCUGGUGGACUGGCCCCCCUUCUUCCCGAAAGACCCCCAGCAACCAAAUCCCUGUCCUGAAGCUGGGGCUUCCUACCCCUCCAAGGCCCUGUUCUGGUGGGCUUCCGGGCUGCUCUGGAAGGGCUACCGGCAGGUGCUGAAGCCCCAGGAGCUGUGGUCGCUGGGGAGGGAAAACAGCUCGGCAGUGCUCGUGUCCCGGCUGGAGGAGGAAUGGCGGAGGAGCCGGACGCCCAGGUGUGCCGCUGAGAAGUUUGAACGUGAAGGAGGCAGCCUCCCGGAGGCUCCGGAGACGGAGGCCCUCCUGCCGCGGGAGCACGGCGGGCAGGGGCCGCUGCUCAGGGCCAUCUGGCGGGUGUUUCGCGGAACCUUCCUCCUGGGGACCCUCAGCCUGGUGCUCAGCGACUGCUUCAGGUUCACCAGCCCCAAGCUGCUCAGCCUGUUUCUGGAGUUCAUGAGUGACCCCGAACCCCCGGCCUGGCAGGGCUCGCUCCUGGCCGCGCUCAUCCUCCUCUCCGCCUGCCUGCAGACGCUGUUUGAGCAGCGGUUCAUGUACUGCAUGAAGCUGCUACAGAUGCGGCUGCGCACGGCCAUCACAGGCCUGGUCUACAGGAAGGUGCUGGCCCUGUCCAGCGUCUCCAGGAAAGGCCGCUCGGUGGGGGACGUGGUGAACCUGGUGGCGGUGGACGUGCAGCGGCUGAGCGAGAGCGUCCUCUACCUGAACGGGCUGUGGCUGCCGCUGCUCUGGAUCGUGGUCUGCUUCGUCUACCUGUGGCAGCUCCUGGGACCCUCUGCCCUCACCGCCAUCGCUGUCUUCCUGAUCCUCCUACCCCUGAACUUCUUCAUCGCCAAGAAGCGCAGCCACCAUCAGGAGGAGCAGAUGAGGCAGAAGGAUGCGCGCGCGCGGCUCACCAGCGCCGUCCUGAGCACGGUGCGGACCAUCAAGGCCCACGGCUGGGAGGAGGCGCUGGCCGAGCGGCUGCUGCGCCUGCGCGCCCGCGAGCUCGGCGCCCUGCGCACGUCCGCGCUGCUCUUCUCCGUGUCCCUGGUGUCCUUCCAGCUCUCCACGUUUCUGGUGGCCCUGGCCGUGUUUGCCGUGCACACGCUGGUGGCCCAGGACAGCGCCAUGGACGCGGAGAAGGCCUUCGUGACCCUCACGGUGCUGGGCGUCCUCAACAAGGCUCAGGCCUUCCUGCCCUUCUCGGCCCACUGCAUCGUCCAGGCCCGCGUGUCCUUGGGCCGCCUGGCUGCCUUUCUCUGCCUGGAAGAGAUCGAGCCUCUCGCCGUCGACGCGAGUCCUCCCAAGAGCUCCGCCCCGAAGGACUGCAUCGUCGUGCGCGACGGCAGCUUCACCUGGUCCCGGGAGAGCCCAGCCUGCCUGCACAGGAUCCACCUCUCCGUGCCCCAGGGCUGCCUGCUGGCUGUGGUGGGGGCGGUGGGGGCGGGGAAGUCCUCCCUGCUCUCCGGCCUCCUGGGGGAGCUGAAGAAGAUAGAUGGGUCCGUGAGCAUCAAGGGCCCCGUGGCGUACGUGCCCCAGGAGGCCUGGGUCCAGAGCACCUCUGUCCUAGAGAACGUGACCUUCGGGAAGGAGCUGGACCUGCCGUGGCUAGAGAAGGUUCUAGAAGCCUGUGCCCUGGGGCCGGACCUGAGCAGGUUCCCGGAUGGAGUCCACACCUUGAUCGGGGAGCAGGGCAUGGACCUGUCAGGGGGCCAGAAGCAGCGGCUGAGCCUGGCCCGGGCUGUGUACAGGAAAGCCGCCGUGUACCUGCUCGAUGACCCCUUAGCCGCCCUGGAUGCCCACAUCAGCCAGCACGUCUUCACCCAUGUCAUCGGGCCCGGCGGGCUGCUUCAGGGAACCACCAGGGUGCUGGUGACCCACGCGCUCCACGUCCUGCCCCAGGCUGAUCAGAUCGUGGUGCUGGCGGACGGGGCCAUCGCAGAGAUGGGCUCCUACCAGGAGCUUCUGCAGAGGAACGGCGCCCUGGUGGACUUGCUGGAUGGAGCCAGACAGCCUGGAGGCAGAGACGGCGGCGCUGGAGGAGGAGACAUGGACCCCCCCGUGGCCGGUGCUGGUGACCCUGGAAGCUGCCCUAGAGUCCAGGGACCCGAGCACAGACCCGAGAGGUACACAACGUCAGCGCCCGCGGGGGUCGGCACCCACUCGGAAGGCCCAGCGGGGGCCUGUCUAGAUGACCCGCAGGGGGCCAGAGGGCCGGGAGGAGAGGCCAGCACGCAGUAUGGACGGGUGAAGGCUGCCACCUACCUGGUGUACCUGCGGGCCAUGGGCACGCCGCUGGGCCUCUACACCCUCCUCCUCUUCUUCAGCCAGCAAGUGGCCUCCUUCUGCCAGGGCUACUGGCUGAGCCUGUGGGCAGAUGAUCCAGUGGUGGACGGGCGGCAGACGCAGGCCGCCUUGCGUGGCUCUGUCUUUGGGGUCCUCGGCUGUCUCCAAGCCAUCGGGCUGUUUGCCUCCAUGGCAGCCGUGCUCCUGGGAGGGAUCCGGGCAUCCAGGCUGCUCUUCCGCUCGCUCCUUUGGGACGUGGUGCGUGCUCCCAUUGCCUUCUUCGAGCGGACGCCUCUCGGGCACCUUCUGAACCGCUUCUCCAAGGAGACGGACACAGUGGACGUGGACAUCCCAGACAAGCUCCGGUCCCUGCUCACGUUCGCCUUCGAGCUCUUGGAGGUCGGCCUGGCCGUGUCCAUGGCCACGCCGCUCGCCAUCGUGGCCAUCCUGCCUCUGAUGGUCCUCUAUGCCGGCUUCCAGAGCCUGUACGUGGCCACCGCGUGCCAGCUGCGGCGUCUGGAGUCGGCCAGCUACUCCUCCGUGUGCUCCCACCUGGCCGAGACGUUCCAGGGCAGCGCCGUGCUCCGGGCGUUCGGAGCCCAGGGCCCCUGCGUGGCGCGGAGCGACGCGCUCGUGGACGCGAACCAGAGGGUCAGUUUCCCACGACUGGUGGCUGACAGGUGGCUGGCGGCGAACCUGGAGUUCCUGGGGAAUGGCCUGGUGUUCGUGGCCGCCGUGUGUGCAGUGCUGGGCAAGGACCACCUCCGUGCCGGCCUGGUGGGCUUCUCCAUCUCCGCCGCCCUCCAGGUGACCCAGACACUACAGUGGGUGGUUCGCAGCUGGACGGACCUGGAGAACAGCAUGGUGGCCGUGGAGCGCGUGCAGGAUUACGCCCGCACCCCCAAGGAGGCGCCCUGGAGGCUGCCCACGUGUGCGGCUGGGCACCCCUGGCCCAGUGAAGGGAGGAUCGAGUUCCGGGGCUUCGGGCUGAGACACCGCGCGGACCUCCCGCUGGCGGUGCGGGGCGUGUCGCUGACCAUUGAGGCUGGGGAAAAGGUGGGCAUCGUGGGCAGGACGGGGGCCGGGAAGUCCUCGCUGGCCGGAGGCCUGCUGCGGCUCCAGGAGGCGGCGGAGGGCGGGGUGUGGAUCGACGGCGUCCCCAUCGCCCGCGUGGGGCUGCACACGCUGAGGCGCAGGAUCACCAUCAUCCCGCAGGACCCCAUCCUGCUCCCCGGCUCCCUGCGCGCGAACCUGGACCUGCGGCAGGAGCACACAGACGAGGCCCUCUGGGCGGCGCUGGAGACCGUGCAGCUCAAGGCCUUCGUGGCGGCGCUGCCCGGCCAGCUGCAGUACGAGUGUGCCGACAGGGGCGACGACCUGAGCGUGGGGCAGAAGCAGCUGCUGUGCCUGGCACGCGCCCUGCUCCGGAAAACCCAGAUCCUCAUCCUGGAUGAGGCCACAGCGGCCGUGGACCCGGGCACCGAGCUGCGCAUGCGGGCAGCCCUCGGGCGCUGGUUCGCGCACUGCACGGUGCUGCUCAUCGCGCACCGCCUGCGCUCCGUGAUGGACUGCAGCAGGGUGCUGGUGAUGGACAAGGGGCAGGUGGUGGAGUGUGGCAGCCCGGCCCAGCUGCUGGCCCAGAAAGGCCUGUUCUACAGACUCGCCCAGGAGUCAGGGCUGGUUUGAGCCAGGCCUGGACAUGCCGGAGACCGCGGGCUGCCUGGUCCGGUGGGGGGUCACGAGUGGGCUCUUUUCUGGGCGGAAGAUGGCAGACACGGUGGCUGAUGAUCACAGACCCUCAAGACUGCCCUCCCCUCCCCCCAACGGCCUGCGCAAGGCCCAGCGAGCCUCGUCUACCUCAGAGCCACUGUGGACAGUGCACCCACCACGGCUGCCCGCCGGACUCACCUGGGGAACUUGAACACAGGCCCAGCCCCAGCCCUGACCCUGCUGGGCCUGGCGAUCCUGUGCGCACCUUUCCCAAAUGACUUGGGAGGUCAUCACGGGCUCAGAUGCAGUCUGAAGAAAUACAGCGCUGGCUGCGGUGGUGCUACUGAGAAUCCCAGCUAUUUAGAAGUAGACACUGGGAGGAUCAAUGUCAGACUGGACAAAAAAUAAAGUGAACAUUGAGACCCCUUCCCCAUCUUAACCAGUAAAAAGCUGGGCAGUGUAGUGUGCAUCUGUCAUCCAGCCACAGAAGCAAAAAUAGAAUUGAGGUCCAGAGCUGGGCACCGGUGGCUCCCAGCUACUCAGGAGGCUGAGAUCUGAGGAUCACGGUUCAAAGCCA